GGGCACCCUGGGAGUCUGCAGAGUGAGCAUCAAAUAUUGAUAAAAGAAAGUUUAAGAGAGACAGCCAAUAUCUGAAGGUCACAGCAGGGCUUGAAAAUGCCUCGUGGCUCGUGGAAAGCUGGAUCCCCAGGAAGGCAGCAGUGGGAGUGAGGGUUUCACAGUCUGCUCCCCACUCAGCUGCUGUGGGGCUGGUUGGUGCUUCCCAGAAGGGAGAGAGAGAAAUGCUGAAUUUGAAAGAGAAAUGCUGAGUUUCUGACCAGAAAACACUGAAUCCUUCAAGGAGAGGCACCUCCAGCAUGGCCCAGAAAACCCAAACUGGUGGAACUGAGAAGAAAGAGUCCUCCCUCCUGUACUGUAAGGGUGAUUUCAAGGAAGGAGCCCUGCAGUGGGUGACAGAACCCCCCCAAGGCCGGGUGCUGCUGGUGCUCAGCAUGGACAACACCUGCCCCACCUCCUCCUUCGACAUGGACCUUUGUGCUGAGAAACUGCAGUCCCUCGGGGUCCAGGUGCCGGCAGAUCCGUGGAAAAGGCUGAUCCAGGAGGGCGUCCUGAGGCCUGAAGUGCGGCGGUACCUGUUCUACAGCUCCAGGGGCUUCCAGAUCGCCAUGGCUGUGGUUUUCUACAUCUCUCUCUGGACAAACCUUUACUCCACGCUCCAGCUGUGUUCCCUGGGGCACUCCUGGGGGGCUGGUGUGCUGGUGACCCUGGUGGCCCUGGCUCUCACUGCCUUGGUGAUCCUGGUCAUUGAUUGUCACCAGAGGAAGCUAAACGUGAACACAGAUGUGAGGCUGGCAGCUGUCAAUGAAAUCUUUAUCAAACACAACAUAAUCCUGGGGAUUACAGAUGUCCUGGAUGGGCCACACAACAUCCUACAACUGUGGUUUGUGCACUUCAGCCCCGAGCGCUGCCUCCAGGCCCUGUCAGCCCACAUGGCUCACCUGCAGGGGACACAGGCAGGCUUGAGGCACAGGCUGGACAAGCUCUGUGUGGCCAUGGAUGUGGCAGUUCAGCCCGAGCUGGGGAUGGAGGAGGAGGCUCCAUGUGAAGAAUCCCCUCUUUUAUCCAGCAGGGUGACCCUGAAUAAAAAUCCUGUGACCUGCAAUGAGCUCCUGCACCUCAUCCCCGAGGGCCCACCCGAGGCCAUGGCCCAGCAGCUCCUGGUGAUUUUCAGUGGAUGCUACGUCCGGCUCCUGGUGACGGGCCGGCUCCCUCGGGCCGGGCCAGGGGCACACCUGGGCCACAGCAGCGUCCCCUGCCUCUGCCAGUUCAUCCAGACCACCGUGCUCCACACCCACCACAGCUGGGGCAGGUGACCAGAGGGGGCUGGAAAA